AUGGUACUCCGAAUUGGUUCGUUCAUCGCCAUAGCCGCAGUUGCUCAUGCUGUAACGGCCACGCCCAUCACUGUCGAUCUCGGCUAUGCGUCGUACUCGGGCGUGCACAAUGCCACCACCGGCCUCAACGUCUGGAAGGGCAUUCGUUAUGCAUACCCCCCCGUCGGCCGUCUCCGAUGGCAGGCGCCGCAGUCGAUUGAGAGCAGCAACAGCCCGUCCCGGAAUGCUUCUCAGACGCCCGUCCUGGCUGACCGUUUCGGACCUGCCUGCCCACAGUCGCUGUCCCAAUACCCGCGUACGACGCCCGAGUUCACCCCCGGCAACGAGGACUGCCUGUUUCUGAACGUGUACGCACCCGCCAACACGAACGGCAGUCUUCUCCCCGUCCUCGUUUGGAUACACGGUGGCGGCUAUGGCCAAGGCGAUGGCACCCAGGACAUGUCGGGCCUGCUGACGGCCACGGCCCAUGCCCACCCUAUCGUGGCCGUCUCGAUCCAGUAUCGCCUCGGUGCUUUCGGAUUUCUGGCGUCCAAGGAAAUCCGCCGCCGUGGACAGCUCAACGCCGGUCUGCUGGACCAGCGGGUGGCCCUGGAAUGGGUGCAGCGGCACAUUGCUGCCUUUGGGGGUGACAAGGCGAAGGUUACGCUUUCGGGCGAGUCCGCCGGUGCCGGUUCUGUUUUGCUGCAUACCGUGGCAGCCAACGGAGCCGGCGGCGCAGAUGCCCAGCCCUUGUUCCAGAAUAUCUGGACCGCCUCGUCGUGGAUCCCAACCCAGCCGCGGUUCGACAGCGCCGUCCCGGAGCGCCACUAUGCCGACUUUGUCUCCGCCGCCGGCUGCAACGCAUCGGCGGACGCCUUCGCCUGCCUCGUCGCCCAGGACAGCCUCACCCUGCAAAAGGCCAGCAACUUGGUGUCGUCGACGCCGCCGACACCCAUCGGCAACUGGGCGUUUGUGCCCGUGACGGACGGCCAGCUCCUGACCGCACCGCCGAGUGCCCUUCUUCUCGGUGGCGCUGGCGCUGGUGCUGGCGCCAACGAGAGCCGAACACAACUCCACGGCGUCAAUGCCUUUGUCGGGAACAAUGCGGACGAGGGCGUGCUGCUGGUGCCGUCCAACCUGCACACGGAGGCCGAUCUGCGCACAUGGCUGCAGGCCUACUUGCAAGAGCUCGGCCCGGACGACAUUGACACGAUACUGGCAAAGUACGCACCGGCCAACGGCGGCACCAGUGUUGCCACCAGUGUGCAGCAGAGGGCCUAUAACCUCUAUGCCGAAGUCGCUGUCGUGUGCCCGAGCUACUGGCUCUCGACGGCGUUUUCGAACAACAGCACUACCACAAGCCGCUCGUCGUAUCACUACCAGUACUCCGUCCCCUUUGCGGCGCAUGGCGCCGACCUGGCGGCGUACUGGGGACCGGCCACACCAAACUUGGGCCCGGAAUUUGUCCAGGCGUUUCGAGAGAGCAUCGUCGCGUUCGUCGCCACCGGCAACCCGUCGAUCCCGCUGGCUGUGGCCAACGGGGCCUCAUCGGCAAACAAGACGGCACCAAACGCUGCGGCCCACUGGCCCUCUUGGGCUGCCCCCCAUGGCGGCCACACACUGGUCAACCUCAACCAGACGACGUCGUCAUCCCUGGCACCUGUGAACCAGUUCUCGGCCGAGGACGCCGAUGCCUGGGAGGGCGGCCGGGGUGAGCGCUGUGCCUUUUGGCAGCAGCUGGGUGCAAAGAUUCCGGAGUGA